AAUGCCAACAAAUUUUCCUUCAGCUCGUCAAAAACCAUUUGCACAGAUUUUCUUUUAUUAAAAAAAGCUUAUUUGCAAAACUUGAUCGAUGUCGGUGCGUGACGGUUUUCCGAAGUUUCGCCAGAAAAUUAUGAGUACAUAAAUAGUUCCUCGACAGCUAUUUACAUAGCAUGACAAGUCUAUUCUAUGUAUCAUCCGUGGUGAAAUUGAUAAUAAGUGCAUUGUUUUUUUUUAUAUACAAACGAUGUUCUUUUGUCAACAAGUUUCGUAUAAUAUUUGCAGUUGCACCGAAGCAAGGGAUUGUAUAAGACAUAAAAAUAGAAAGAAUUGAUUUAUUUGACUGAUGUACAGGGGAAUUAAUUUCACGUCAAAUUAUUGCGUGUAAAAUUACAAUAAAGAUAAGAAUUAUUACCUUAGUUUAAGGAAUUUAAAUCGUUUAAAAUAUCAUUAUUAAAAUGUUAAAUCAGCAGUAUCCAAUUUUAACUCGUGUCGAUUCUCAUAUUAAGCCACUUUUGGUAGAUGUUCUGUCCACAGAUAAAGUUGGAGUAUGUUAUGGAGCAAUCGAAGUGGAUGCUAUAUCAUCCAGUUGUGGCAAAGUAGAAGGAGAUCGUUUUCGAUUAUCUAUUCCCUAUGCUAGACAAAAUUUAACAUGGAAUGUAUUUUUUGAUUCACAAUGUCCUGAAAUAGGUCCUGAUUUCAUAUUUAAUGAUAAUACAUUCUUAGCAGAUAUGGACAUUGAUACUUUAUCUGCUAAAGUACCUAGUCUUACUAAAUGGAAUCCUAAUAAUACAAAUGCUUUAUUAAAUGUUCUUACUGAACUUUUAUCGUGUUAUAAACAAUAUCAGAUGCAAUUACUUCAAAAGCAAGAGAGAUUACAACUAGAAUAUGAUAUGCUCAUGAAAUCAACACUAGUAAAGCCAGAAGAUGUUGAAAUGAUAUUAUUACCAUCUGGUUCCAAGCCAACAGAGGCUAGAUUUCUAAUAAAUUUAUCUGUAGAUGUAUCACAGCUAGAAUCUCGUACUUGUGAUUCAGAAACUGAUACAGCAAUGCUUUUUAUAGUAUUUUCUGGGACAGAUUGGAAUCGUGUGACACCACAGCUCUAUUUGUCAAAAACUCUAGAAAAAGCUUUUGAUGGUCACCCUGCACUAAAUUUACCACACUUUUCUGCAGAUAAAUUGUUGAUAGAUUAUGUGGCAGAAGUAAUAAAAUGCAUUAGAGAUAAGAUAAAUUUGAUAAUACAGGGUUUAGAAAAAAGAAGAGCAUUUAUAGCAGCUUUACUAAGUCAUCAAUUUCGUUCAGUGGUAGAAUAUGACAGUGUCAAUUGUACUUUUACAAUUUUUUUACAUUCUGAGCAAGAUUUUUAUAUCGUGUGGCGAAUAGAUUUACUACCAGGAUUUCCUAAUGAAAAACCUAUUGUUACAUUUACUUCAGUAUACCAUAUGCAAGUACCACAUACUGUAUAUACUGAAAACUAUCAAAAUUUUCCUUAUAAUCCACGUUGGGAACUAUCUUUUAUGGUUACGAAAUUAUUAAAUUUUAUUCAACAUGCUAGUAAAAAAUUUAGAUCUAACUGUAUUAAAAAGUUUUCUUAAUAAUAAUUUAG